AGAAAUUGCUUUGACAACGCGAACGCUGGUAGGGGAGUACUACAUUGCAACCUCGGCCUGGCAAUCGUUGACAGAAGCAUGAUGGCAACAGAAAGCAGAAUUGGCCUGGUGUUUUGACGGCACAUCUCAUCUGGGGAAGAAAGAUGUGGAUUUAUGCUGGGUGAUUGACCGACCGCUCAUAGAUCUGGAGUCUGUAGCGGGUGGUGGCAGCAAGCUACAUCUCUACUGUUGUCGAAGAUGCAUGCGGGCUUAUUCUGUUCAAUGUAGGAAAGUGUCUGGCCGAUCCCCACGUGAGGAGAGGUCAGAAGGUGUCAUUCGGGAGAUGGCCCUACAAAAGCAACGUAAAGCUUAGAUACCAAUGUCCAAGUCUGCCAAGCACAAUCUGCCUACAACCAGUAUAGGCCUGCAGAUUUGGCAAGAUUCACAAAGGAGCCGUGAGGCGGGGGAAUGGAGUAAUAGGGCUUAGUGAGCUCAUCAUCGUGAAGAUUUAGACUCGAAAAAUUCGGUGACAGUACUAGGAAGUUGGCUUCUGACAUCCGGCAGCCAUGGCGUUCUUUGCCAAGACUGCAGUUCUCCUCCUCCUGUGGGGACUGCUUCUGUUCUGGACAAUCGAAUGACUCAUAUUUCCCACGGAGCCAGGAAUGGAGUACAAGGCGGGAGCCAUUAAGGACACUCGGUCAGAUUUCUUGAACUUGAGUGGACCCUACUAUCUCAUGUACACUCUGCCCGUGUUCCUCUUUGCGAUUCUUACUCUCGUUUACUUGGAGCUUCUACGAAAGUAUCCCGAGCGUGAGCAAAGGACCAGCGAGCUGCCAAAAUGGAGUCGAUUUUGGGCAAAAUUUUCCAAUGCUAUGUGGACACAGUCUAUUCUAGUGGGAACUCCAAUGGGUAUUUUGACAGCAGCCGAUUUGGCGUUGAUCACUGUUGUGGGCUUUGGUUUCCUUCUGUUGUUCUGCAACCGGCUGCUGCCUGCUCUUGACCUCGUCGAUCACACCCAGAUGAAGCCUGGAAGAGAAAGGUACUCGUUUUCCUAUUGCAUUCAAUGACCCGGA